AUGGCUAAUAUAUAUACUGAAACUAUGGAUGAACAUAAACUUGAAUCUGAUUAUCAAACAACCAAUUCUGAUAUAUUAGCAUGGCUUGAAGCAAUUCCUUUAUCACGUCCAAUACAUAAUUUUGAUACUGUUUUUUCUGAUGGAAUGUUAAUCGCUGAAAUCAUUCAUUUCUUUUUUCCUGAAUAUAUCGAUUUAGAUAUAUUUUAUAUUGCACGAAAUAUGUCUCAACGUACUCGAAAUUGGCGAAUAUUAAAAUGUGAUAUUUUACCAAAAUUAGGUUUACAUGCGCCUGGUACUGUUGUUCAUGAAAUAAUACAUGGAGAUAAUCGUGUUAUUGAAUUAUUUCUUCUUUAUUUACGUGAGAAACUUGAAGAACAUUUAAUUGAAACAGGAAAAAAAGUACAUAUAUCACAUGAAAUAUUACCUCCAAUUCAUAUUGAACAUGAUGAUCAUUUACCACAAUUAAUGUUAACACCACGUAUACCAAGACGAAAAGGAUUUAAACCUACUUUUCCAAAUUUGAAUAAAACUAAUGAUGUUUUAAAUGAUAAAGAUAAAGAAAUUGAUCUUUUAAAAGAAAAAUUAGAUCAAUGUGAAGAUAUUAUUAAAACAAAAGAUGAAAGAAUUCAAGAAUUGGAACAAAUUUUACAAAAAUUCAAUUCACAACAACAAUCAUCAUAG